UUGUGUGCGGGCAGCUGCCGUCUGGGCUGCAUUUUGAAUGGUCUCGUAUUGGAAGGCGAAGGUGUCCAUGGGCAGCACAGCAACAAAGGAGCCAGGAUGGUGUUAGUGCACGUCGGAUAUCUGGUUCUUCCCGUCUUCGGUUCCGUCAGAAGUAGAGGAGCACAUUUCAGCAGGCACCAGCAUAGUCAUGCCACCUCCUGCCGGCAUUUCCACCUGGCCGCCACAGCCACGCCCCUGCCUGCUGAUUUCCCGCCCCCUCCACUUGCCCCACCCCAAUACCAGGAGGUCCCACCCCCUUUCCUACCUCAGGCCUUACAGCAGCAAUACCUCAUCCAGCAACAGCUACUGCAACGCAGACGCACACAGGAGCGAGUCCCGCUGAACACUCAUCGGUUACGCCCGGGAUAUGAAUAUGCCCCGCCCCUUCACGUCCCGCAGCCAAUCCCGCAGCAGCCCAGAUACCUGGCGGAAGGCACUGAUUGGGAUCUGAGUGUGGACGCAGGAGUGCUGCAUCAGUAUCCACUACAGCAGAUUCCUCAACCCUACCAGCAUUACCUGGCCUCUCCUAGAAUGCACCACCUGCCCAGGAACACCUCCACCACACAGGUGGUUGUCCACGAGAUAAGAAAUUAUCCAUAUCCACAGCUCCACCUGCUGGCACUGCAGAGUUUGAGUCCUAGCAGACACUCAUCUGCUGUUCGGGAGAGUUAUGAGGAGCUGCUGCAGCUGGAGGACCGACUGGGAAGCGUCAGCCGAGGGGCUAUUCAGACCACCAUAGAGAGAUUCACCUUCCCACACAAAUACAAGAAGCGGAAGCCAAUGGAUCUGAAGUUGUGUGAGAGUGAUGAGGAGUCUGAUGUAGAUGAGAAAUGCACCAUCUGCCUCUCCAUGCUGGAGGAUGGAGAAGAUGUCAGGCGGUUACCCUGUAUGCAUUUGUUCCAUCAGGCAUGUGUGGAUCAGUGGUUGGCCACCAGUAGGAAGUGUCCCAUCUGCAGAGUGGACAUCCAAACACAGCUCAGCCCUGAGAGCUGAAACACACACACACACAUGUUAACAAAUAACACACUCAUGCUCUCUAUCCAUCCAUCCAUCCAUGCACACACAUUGUAUAUGACCUACACACACGUGUACGAAGAGCCAUCUGACACACUAAACACUAACUCACACGCUUUACUGAGCCAAUGACAACUGACACUACACACUCACACACACUGUUAGAACUGGAGUGAGUCUGUCUGUAGGGAAAAAAAGGUGUGUGUCCGUAGCAUACGUGUGUGUAUUUGUGCAAUUCCUUAAGCCAUGAACUUUACUAAAGACCCUCAGCUUGCAUACAAUACGCACACACACUUACACACUAACUGAAAUGCAUACACGGUGAAGCGGAUAAGACACUGUCAAAUCUAGCUGCUGGAGUGUGUGUGUGUGUGUGUGUGUGUGUGUGUUCACUAUAUUUCUGAUCUGCAAUACUGCUUUAGUCUUACACACUGGAGCUACUUCGGCUUGUGCGUGUGUGUGUGUGCUUGUUCACCAUUUCGGUGCGUGUGUAUUGGUGUGUGUGUAUUUCCGUGGGUUAUUGGUGCACGUCGGUGCAUGUAGACAAGCCAAAAAAGAACACAUGCUCAAUUAAAACAGAAGCGCAACUCAUUUCCGAGACAGCAGAAGGACUAUGGAGCCAGAUCAAUCUCAAAAAUAAUACAUAUACAAAAUAUAAUUCAUACAUCCACAACACAAGUCACAUUUGCAAAAUCCAAUUCAUAAAUUCAAAACACAAUUCGUGAAUACACAAAUCCAAUUCGUGAGUUCAAAACAUGAUUCGUAGAUUCACAAAUUCAAAACACAGUUCGUAAAUACACACACUCAAUUAAUAAAUUUAAAACACAAGUCGUAAAUACACAAGUCCAAU